AAUUAAAGGACAAAAGAUCCAUCUUAUGCCCGCAAAAGUCUUAACGAAACGUUGACGCCCUAACCCGUAACACCCAAACACACACAUCUCAAUCUAUCUCCCUCCCCCUUCCCUCCAUGGCACUGCUGUUCUUGAUCUCCUCCUCCUCAUGGUUCAUGAACAUCGUCGUCAUCGACCAAUGGAGGAGUCAAGAUCCGCAUCAAACACACCGCAAUCCGUAUAUUAUUCUCCACGCUCUUCAACUGCAUCAACAAGAACGGUAGCCACACCUCCCACACCACCACCUCUUCCAACCCCUUCCAAAAUCUCCCUCGUCCAACCCUCCCAGAAGAAGAAACACAAAACAAAAUUCAUCCGCGCCGUCCGCUCUGUCUUCCGCUCUUUUCCCAUUAUUGCCCCUUCAUGCAAGUUCCCAACCCCCGGCGGAGACGGUCCUCACAGGGCCGUCAACCUAAGCGGCACCAAAGUUUGCGGCACCUUGUUCGGUUACCGCAAAGGACGCGUGAGCCUUUCCAUUCAAGAGAAUCCGAGGUGCCUCCCUUCGUUCGUAGUUGAGUUAUCUAUGCAGACCGGUGUUCUUCAGAGGAAGAUGGCGGCUGGGAUGGUUAGGAUCGCCCUCGAAUGCGAGAGGCGGCCGGAGAAGGACAAGAUAACGAUAAUGGAGGAACCGUUGUGGACCAUGUUUUGUAACGGCAAGAAAGUUGGUUAUGCGGUGAAGAGGGAAGCCACAGAGGAGGAUCUUCACGUGAUGGAGCUUCUCAAGGCUGUAUCCAUGGGUGCUGGUGUUUUGUUAGGGAGAUCUGACGUGGACGGUGGAGAUGGAGAGUUCUCUUACAUGCGUGCACAUUUCGAACACGUUGUGGGCUCCAAAGAUUCUGAGACUUUGUAUAUGCUGAGCCCUGAUGGUGUGAAUAACUGUGGGCCUGAGCUAACUAUAUUUUUUGUCAGGAUCUAACCUUCUGAUUAAGGAAUCAAAUCAACCAUGUAGAAUUAUAAUAACCUGCACUGGCUCUUCUAAUUAAGGUUGACGACAACGCUUUUAUAUGAGAUUUAUUCACUUUUUUGGUUCCUUGUUGGAAUUGAUUUUGAUUAUUCAUAAUUAGGGUAGUCAAAAUUGUGGAGUUAUA